CGCGCGGCCGGGCGUGGGCGCCUGGAGAGGUCGAAGGCCCUUUGCCCGCUGCGCCCCGGCGUCGCUGCUGCAGUCUGCGCGGAAUGGAGGGCACGGCCACGGCCGUCUGCGAGAUUUUGAAAUAUUUAAUAAUUUCCUGGAAGUGUGAAACAGCAGGAGUAACAACUGGAGCACUGCUAGAAGGACAGCUAGUGAUUUCUAUAGAAGCAUUAAAUUCUAAGCAUCAGGCAAAUACUCUUCAUUGUUUAACAACCAACAUACAGUCUAUACUGCCUGGAUUGUCUCCAAAGUUGAAUUGGACGUCAGAGGAAGCCAGCUAUUCUCAGGAUAUAAUGGGGGUAACACCGUUCCAAAUGAUUUUUGAGGUUGAUGAAAAGCCUGCAACUUUGAUGACAGAUAGUCUGGUUAUAAAGAAUUUUUUACGCAAAAUUAUCAUGGUGCAUCCUAAGAUUAAAUUUAAUUUCAGUGUAAAGGUGAAUGGAAUCCUCUCCAUAGAGGUCUUUAGGACAAAGAAUGAACCCACUUUGAACCUGUUGAAUGGAAUUGCUCUUGUCAUAAACUAUCAGCAUUAUGUGAGUAGACCAAAAGUUGGUACAACUGAAGUACUCUGCAGCAGAUUCCAUCCUGUGCUAGGACGUCCAGUAAUCCUUUCCAUCUCUGAAGACAUAGCUGACAUGGGCUUGUCUGGAGAGCUGACACUGACUCCAGCUGCUGCUCUGUGUCCUUGCCCGAAAGUCUUUUCCAACCAGCUGAAUAGGAUUUCUUCAGCUUCCAUAUAUCUAUAUGGACCUUCAGGUCUCCCUCUGAUACUGCCAAGUCAGGAGCAGCCAAGUGCUACUACUGUCUUGAAAGAUACCUCCUUCAUUGACUGGAAGAAAUACCACUUGUGCAUGAUGCCCAGUUUGGAUCGCAAUUUGGAUAAAGAUUUGGUGCUUCCAGAUGUGAGUUAUCAGGUGGCAUCCAGUGAGGAGGAUCAGUUUCAGAAUAUGGACCCGGAGGGACAAACUCUGCUGCUUUUUCUUUUUGUGGAUUUCCACAGCCAAUUUCCAGUCCAGCAAAUGGAACUCUGGGGAGUCCACACUUUGCUCACCACUCGUUUCAGUGCCAUCCUCAUGGAGAGCCACAGCGUGGUGCAAGAUUCUGUCCAGGGUGCCGUGGAUCAGGCCUUGGAGCAGUAUCACCAGGCUGCGAAGGCUCAUCAGAAACUGCAGGCCUCGCUCUCAGUGGCUGUGAAUUCCAUCAUGAGUAUUGUGACUGGAAGCACCAGCAGCAGCUUCCGAACAGUCUGUCUCCAGGCCCUUCAAGCAGCUGACACACAGGAGUUUGGGAUCAAACUGCACAAAUCAUUUUAUGAGAUUACCCAGCCCCGAUUUCUUCAUCAUUGCUCAUGUGAGGUGAAGCAGCUGAUCCCAGAGAAAAAUGAUGCAGAGCAGAGCACAGAGGAUGCACAUGAGCAGAGCAGCCUGGAGCUCCUUGCAGGGAUCAGCAGGCAAGUAGGAAGCAAGAGGCUGAAGAGCGGCAACCUCUGCCAGGGGGUGGAGAAGACGCGGGCUUGCCACACGGCCAGGGCCCCGAGACAGUCACAGGCCAUCCCGCGCCGCGCAGAGCCCACCGGGCCCUCCCUGACUCCUUGCGAAACCAGGGCGAGCCCCGGGAACCGCCUGGAGGAGGCGCUGUGGUUGCAGGAAGUCUCCAAUCUGUCCGAGUGGCUGAGUCCCGGCUCAGGGCCCUGAGCCCGGCUUCCCCGUGCGUCCAUGCCAGCCCCGCGGUAGCGGGAGUUGCAUUGUCUGCGAGUCAAUAAA